CCUUUCUGUAAUCUUCGCCACAUCCUCUCAUGCGCUUCCAGCCUCUUUCACACCUCGAGAAGACCAGAGCUGCCACCAGUGCGAGCGUGCCGUCUGAUCGACAGGAACCUUCGUGAGCACUAAUAAUAUAUAUAAAUCCGAUGCCCCAUUGAUUCAGGAAUCGCGACAACCUGCCGGGCGUCCGACGGCACCGAUCCAUCACACACACACGAUGUCCGGCGAAGACACCGCAGCACCGCAGGUCAUGGAGGACCUGCCGAGCGUCGUCAAGCUCCUCAGCGACGGCUCAGUCGUCCGCGGCGACGAAGCCGUGCUCUGGCCAAAGGACCCGUUGCCGGACGUCCCCGGCGUGCAGUGGAAGGACGCCAUGUACCACGCGCCGCGCGGCCUUAGCGUCCGCGUGUACAGGCCGUCGCCAUCGGUGACGACGGCCGGUGGCCCCAAGCUCCCGGUGCUGGUGUACUUCCACGGCGGUGGCUACUGCAUCGGCUCCUUCGCGCAGCCACACUUCCACACCUACUGCCUCCGCGCCGCCGCCGAGCUCCCGGCGGUCGUGCUGUCCGUCCAGUACCGCCUCGCCCCCGAGCACCGCCUCCCCGCGGCCAUCGAGGACGGCGCGGCUUUCCUCUCCUGGCUGUGCGGCCAGGCCGAGCUCGGAGUUGGCGCUGACCCGUGGCUCGCUGAAACGGCCGAUUUUGGCCGGACGUUCAUCUCCGGCGCAUCGGCGGGCACCAACCUGGCCCACCACGUCACGGUCCAGGUCGCCUCGGCGCAGCAAGACGUCCACCCGGUGCAUAUCGCCGGGUACGUCCUCAUCUCUGCGUUCUUCGGUGGUGCCAAGCGGACGGCGACGGAGGCUGACCCCCCGGCGGACGUGUCCCUGACGGUCGAGGGAUCCGACAUGUUUUGGCGCAUGUCGCUUCCGGUGGGGACGAACAGGGACCACCCGGUGGCCAACCCGUUCGGCCCGGAGAGCCCCAGCCUUGCGUCCGUGGUGGCGCCGGAGAGCGACGUGCUCCGCGACCGCGUGAUGGGGUACGCCGCGAGACUGAGGGAGAUGGGGAAGGCCGUGGAGGUGGCCGAAUUCGCCGGAGAACAGCACGGGUUCUCUGUCCUCCGGCCGUUCGGCGAGGCAGCCAACGAGCUGAUGCGUGUCCUCAAGCGGUUCGUGUACACAGAUACCACACGUAAUAGUACGUCCCACUGAGUGUUGAAGUGUUUGGUGAUCUCCUGAUCCUUUUGUGCAAGUCGUUUGAUUUUUACUUGCAAUAAUGUAAAUCCAGCCGCACAACCUAACGAACCAUUUGAUGGAAGAACUGCAUUCUGAAAGUGGUCUGAAAAGUGAAAACCGUAUGUGAGAUGUUCUGUGCUGUCUCAUU